CGUCGAUCGUAUUGAACGGAGUCAGGAAACGAUUGAUAUUCGAGUGCUUAAGUUCGAUGUACUAGAAUAUCAUUUAGUUCUGUAAGGUAUACCGGUUCCCUGGAUUGAUAGUUGUUUUUAUCAUCUUGCUAGUCUCCGGGUGGCCAAGAGAUGAGGAACAAUCCCGCGAACAACGGGGUGUUCAAUCCCAGCUACAGCCGGGAUUACACCGACAACGGAGAGACGGCUGGACGCCGUGUUCGUCCCAAGGUGUCCCAGGUGAUCGUCACUCGGCCCCACUAUCAGCAGGAGGACUUGAACAAUGCGUUCAAUUACUUCAAACCGAAGUCGCAGUUCUUCCACGAAGCCCUCGAAAGUGUGCGAGAAGUCGACCCGAAAUCGUGCAUCACCGGGCUGUUUCCCAUCUUCAACUGGCUGCCGGAGUACAAAUUUCCGUCCGACUUCAUCGGCGAUCUUAUCAGCGGCUUGACGGUUGGCGUAAUGCACAUCCCACAAGGCAUGGGAUAUGCUCUGCUGGCCGGCAUGCCACCCGUCACCGGCAUCUACACAGCAUUUUUCCCCGUUUUCAUCUACUUCCUGUUCGGCAGCUCUAGGCACAACUCAAUGGGAACACUAUCGGUGGUUUCAAUUAUGACCGGCAAAAUCGUUUUCAAUCAUUCCGGCGAAGGAUCUCCAUACACAAACCUCGAAGUGGGCGUAGCAUUGUGUUUUUUGGUCGGUGUAAUACAGCUUGUCAUGAGUCUGCUGAGAAUGGGUGUAGUUUCCUUUCUGCUAUCAGAAGCACUGGUGUCUGGAUUCACUACCGGUGCCGCGUGCUAUGUGUUCACGUCGCAGCUGAAGGAUAUAUUGGGCCUUACAUUGCCACACCUCGACAGUAGGUUUGAGAUCGUGAAAAUUUACUACGAAUUGGGGAAACGACUCCCAGACACAAAUUUGAUGAGCUUGGCCAUAUCAGCUGUUACGAUCAUUAUUCUGCUUAUCAACAACGAAGUCAUCAAGCCAAGACUUGCCAAACUGUGCAUCAUCCCGAUACCGAUCCAACUAAUUCUGGUUGUCUGCGGAACUUUAUUGUCAAUCCACUUCAAUUUGGAGGCUGAGUACGGCACGAAGAUUGUCGGGUCGAUACCGCAAGGAUUGCCAGCUCCGAAACUGCCCAACUUCAAUAUUUUACCGGACAUUGUCGUGGAAAGCAUAACCGUGGCGGUGGUAGCUUACGCUGUUCACGUUUCGCUCGGAAUCAUUUUUGCCAAAAAGGAAAACUACGAAAUAGGCUUCAACCAGGAGCUACUGGCACUGGGUGCGGGCAACCUCUUCGCAUCGUUCUUUUCUUGCUUCCCCUUCGCGGCGUCACUGUCCCGCGCGGCAAUCCAGUACUUGGCAGGUGGGAAAACGCAGAUUACUGGCCUCGUGUCGUGUACCCUGCUCGGUGUGGUCCUGCUGUAUGUAGCCUCGUUUUUCCAACCCCUGCCACGGUGCAUCUUGGCCAGCAUCAUCCUCGUUUCGGUGCAGGGUUUGCUGAUGCAAUCACGCGACUUGCCAAGGUUCUGGCGGCAGGGAUUCUUCGAUGGGUUGACCUGGGUACUUACGUUCGUAACGGUUGUGUUCGUUUCAAUCGAUCUUGGACUGAUCGUGGGAUUUACAAUGAGCGUUUCGAGUAUCUUCGUCCGCGCUAUUAAACCUUACAUGUGCCAGAUGGGCAAUGUGCCCAACUCGGACGUUUAUCUGGACUUGACCAGAUACGAAGGGUUAAUCGAACACCAAGGCAUCAAAAUCAUACACUACAGCGGAGGGCUACAUUUUGCGUCUCGGGCUACUUUUAAGAAUACGAUUUGCCAGAUGCUUAACUUGAACCUGACAGAAGAGAUCAAGCGCCACAAGGAUCCCGAGUUCUAUCCGGCGGAGGAUGCGAUUAAAAUGUUGGUCCUCGACUUCACUGCUCUCAGUUACAUCGAUCCUUCCGCCAUUUCCACGUUUAAAUCGCUCAUCAAGGAACUAGAAUCGAUCGACAUCCAAACGCUGCUGGCUGGCUGUUCACCGUUGGUGUUUGAAAAGAUGAAAAAAUGUGGCUUCAUUGGAGGCGAUGAGAGCUACGUUCGUGUUUAUCCCACUAUACACGACGCGGUGCACUACGCCCUAAAACAGCUGAGACCACAUCCAGCAGGCGCUACACCAACAAUUCAAGAAGUGCGACUAUAAUAAAAUACCAU